UUAAGAGCUUAUGCAAAUUGUGAGUGAUUUUUUUAAACGGUCUGUGGAUAAAUUGUGUUUUAUAAGAUAAUUAAAAUAAUUAACAACUGAAAUAAAAAACUGAAAGAUAAUGGACGCGCCGUUAGAGUUGUCUUUGGCUGAGAUACGCAAAUAUAUGUUAUCAAAUGGCUGCAAAGUUACGAAUCAUGCACUUGUUAAACAUUUUAGAUGUUUCUUAACAAAUCCCGACACACAAAGCGAAGCACGCAAGGAGUUUAAAACCUACGUGAAUGUAUUAGCAACCAUUAAAACCGAGAACAAUCAAAAGUAUUUAACAUUGCGUAAAAAAUACCUGAACGAAUGUCCGUCUGAUGAUGUCGCACAAUGCGCGAUCUUAGCUGCUGCUAGUGAAUUAACACCCAGUAGUCCGGGAGCAACUUCUUUUACUUCUGAUAAUGAAGCUAGUCCACCAUUUCGUCAACCGCCUCCAUAUAAGCCACCACCCGAAGUUAAUUCACCUAUUAAAAUGUCGAUAGCUACUAGUGGUGGCACUGUGGAAACUGAAAUCAUUGAAAAUUUCCGAGAUUGUGUAGAUGAGUUCACUUCAGCCAUGGAUCGACUUGAUACUAAACGUCGGGAACGUCAACAGCCAGAAAGUCUAAAUAAAAACCGAAGUGAAAACCACAACUGUGUCGAAAAUAAUGGAAGUGUAGUUUCGAAUGAUUCAAUCAAUAAGGAAAACAUACCAAUUUUUUCGUUUUCUUCAGUGUCGAUCGAAAAAUUAACAGAAAAUACUAACAGUAAGUCUUCAGGCACCGAAGUAAAUACGGAAAACGCCAUUAGUGUUAAAGAGGCCACGCGAAAAUUUAAUCGCAUGGCCUCAGAAGAAGAAGCUAAAAUUAUAUCGCCAUCUUUUCAAAAGAAAAAAACGGAAAGGCAUUCGCUUCAAGAGAACGAGUUACCUGAAGUCACACUGGCUCACCCUAAAGCCAAAGAAUGGAUUGUUUCAAUGGCUAAAGACAAUUAUCAAGAAUUAGCCAAACUGACCAAGGAAUAUCCUGAACUCGUUAAACUGCAAGAUCCCUGUACUCAGGGUUAUUCUGCUUUACAUUGGGCCGCAAAACACGGUAAUGAGGAUGUGGUUAAGUUAAUUGCGGGUACACACAAAGCGGAUGUUAAUGGUAGAACUAACGGGGGCUACACACCUCUGCACAUAGCUAUGCAAUUCGAUCGAGCCAAUAUAUUUGCUUUAUUAUGUAACACUUACAAAGCCAACCGUGAUCUUUUAGAUUGGGCCGGUAAUAAAGCUUUGGAUUACAGCAAACAGCAAACUAGUGUUUCUGCUUCGACGUACAGCAGACAUGAAGAAAUCAAGGCAAAGAGAAAACCUACAGUCGAAAAAGAUUUGGGAUUUCUACGAAUUGGCUCUUUGAAUGUGCGAGUGAAGAAGACGACCGAAGCGUUCAGCAACUUCUUGGGUGUGGGCAAUGGCAAUGCAAUAUUGCAUACAACCAAUCAUCUUCCCCAACGCCAUCAGCGUCACCAUCACCACACUCAUCAUCUUCACGUUGGUUCGAUGCGCAAUUCGCAUCAUUUGCAUCCGAUGAUGAAAGCGAACAUGAAAAAAUCGGCAACGAUGAUGACUACGAAGACACCGUUAUCGUUCAGCAAUAAGCUAGGCUCGAGGGCCAGUGUUCCUAUUAAUUCCACGAAACAUGAUAUGUUACAUAAGUCCUGGGGGUCAGCUGAUAAUAUUACCCAAGCUAAUAGUACACAUGAUAUUGAUAAUAAAGAUGAGAAUCUAAUGCCACCACCUAAGGGCAUUAAGAAAAGCCAAAAAACCACAAAACUUUCAUCAUUAGCAUCCUCAACGACCACAAACUCGCCAAGAGAUUCAAUAUCAUCUACAUCAAGCACAAAUCUAAACUCAGGCUAUAGUAGUAUGCCCACCACCCCAAAUCAAUUACGAUCGUCUUUAGGUUUGGAUGGAGUGAGUGGUUUACCAGAUUCAGACUCCGAUUCCGCUUGUGGUUUUGACUCGAAUUGGUCUAUCGGUGGACGGCAAAAUUCCUCCAGCAGCAGUAAUUUCAAAUCCCCAAAGUUCCCAUAAAUAAUGCCCAAUAUUCUAAAAAAAAAAAAGGAAAAAUAAUCUGUUUAAAUUCCAAAAUCUGUGUCAGUAACGCAUUCUUAUAUUUUAAAAUAUAUGCUUUUUUCAAACUUGACCCAAGUAAUUCUUAAAUUAAAUCAACAAAAAUUUU